AUGACCAAGCAAAUCGAGCACCUAGUGACAUUGCAAUCCAAUGAGCUCCGAAACAGAUCCUUUUCAGAAAUUGAAACCACUGCGAGGUUGCUACUUCCAUUGAAUUCAUCAGCAUCAAAUUUAGCAAGAGCUCUAAGUUCAUCUCUUAAUCGAACUGAACUAUCUUUCCAAGCCAUUCAAACUAAGAUUGCACCAACUUUGUUACUAGCACUUUUAACAAUCCCAAAUUUAUCACAAGUUUCGUAUAUCGGAUUAGAUGGACUAAUGUUCUCAUUCUACAAUGAUGUGGAUCAAACACUUGCGGUGUUUUCCAACGCUUCAUUUUCAUCAACAUGGUUCACUCAGCCAGUUAACCCUGACACUGGGACGCUAUACGGAGAAGCAAAUAGUUCAAAGUCUUUGCUGAAAUCGAAUUCAAGGUUGUUUCAAAGAGCCUUGAAUAGAAAAACCGCGUAUUCUUCACUAGAAACUGGGUGGAACAAAGCUCAAGAUCUUCUAUUCCUUAACAGUGUAGCCAUAGAUGGGAUAGGGGUUAUCUCAAUUGGAUUUCCAGCAAAAGUUGUUUCUGAUCAUUUUGCAGGUAUAGACUUUCAUGGUGGGACCUUAUACUUGGCUACGAGUGAUGGGCAAGUUCUUGUCGAAACCAAGAUCCCAGACACUAAAAUAGUAGUGAACAAUGGCACGGUUUCUUUGCAUUUGUUGAAACAGAAUGGUGUCAUUGAAGAUCAUAACCAUUUGUGCAAUUCUAGUGCCGGUGAAACCAACCGUUUUGAUUCAGAAAUCGGAGGAAUGAAUCACAUAUUCUAUUGCUCAACCCUUGAAAUUGCAGGAGUUCAAUCGGUAUAUUUACUAGCAUUCCCAACCAAAGGAUUGGAAAGUCUGGGCCAAGAAAACAGCAAGCUAGCACUCACACUUCUUGUGCUUAUGUUUGUUAUAGUAGUUACCUCUCUUUGCAUUUUCAUAACCUUAAUCUUAAGAGCUGCAAGAAGAGAGAUGUUUUUAUGUGCCACGCUCAUAAAACAAAUGGAAGCGACACAACAAGCAGAGCGAAAGAGCAUGAACAAGAGCCUUGCGUUUGAUCGUGCAAGUCACGACGUGCGUGGCUCUUUGGGAGCCAUAACUCAGUCGAUAGAUAUCUGUCGUGAACAAACCACUCCUAAUUCUGUGACAGAUACUAAAUUGCAGCAGAUGCAGACUUGUGCCGAAGACCUUCUAGGUGUAUUGAAUUCUGUUCUCGAUACAAGUAAAAUUGAAGCUGGUAAAAUUCAACUCCAAGAAGUAGAAUUCAACAUGGCCCAGUUUCUUGAGGAUGUCGUCGACUUGUACUAUCCCAUUGGCAUGAAAAAAGGCGUUGACGUCAUGCUUGAUCCUUGCGAUGGCUCCAUCUUCAAACUAAAUCUUGUUAGAGGAGACACGAUAAGACUGAAACAAAUCUUGUACAAUUUGAUCAGCAAUGCUGUCAAGUUCACAUCAAAAGGUCAUGUCUCGGUUCGUGCAAUGGUCAAGAAACCGAGUAGAGAAAAUGUCAUAAUUGCUUCUAACCAGAGUGGUGUUUUGAACUGUUUGUCGAGGUUGUUUCUUAGGAGUAAUGGAAGUUUUGGUGACUUGGAUCGGGUUCAAAUGGUUAGGGACAAUCCUAACCAUGUGGAGUUUGUGUUAGAGGUGGACGACACAGGGAAGGGGAUUCCGAAAGAGCAUCAAAAAUCUGUUUUUGAAAACUUUGUGCAAGUUAAAGAACAGAAAGAGUCUGGUUUGGGACUUGGUGAUAGGGCAGCUCUUGGACAGGAAGGUUGUGGUUUGGGACUUGGUAUUGUUCAAUCUCUGGUGCGACUAAUGGGGGGAGAGAUCAAAAUUGUUGACAAAGACCCCGGUGAAAGAGGCACUUGCUUCAGCUUCAACAUUUUUCUCACUACAAGUCAUUCUCUAUCCACUGACAAUGAAAAACCAGAAGACAAUCUUACCCUAAACAGUGAAAUUUCUCUAACUGAUUCUCACCAGCACUUUGGGCUCCAUCGUCGGUCCCCUUCCCCGAGAUCAGAGGGGUCCCACAUCGUGCUCCUAAUCGCAGGAGAAGAACGGAGGAAAGUCUCAAAGAAAGUGAUUGAGAAUUUAGGCCUAAAAGUAUCGGUUGCCAAGCAAGCAAAGGACCUUUUCCAUAUCCUUAAAAAGGUAAAACACAGAUUGGACCUUUCUCAGUACAGUUCUUCAGAGAAAAGUGAGCUAUGUAUGAAUGAAUACUUGUCCAAAUCAGAAUCCGGACACUCCAAUUCUAGAGGAUCCAAUUCUAAAAGCUCAACAAGUUUCAUACUAAUUGUGAUUGAUUCAAGUGCGGGAAAUUUCUAUGAACUAUGUUCAAUUGUGGGAAAUUUCAAGAAAGACAUCCCAAAUCCCCGGUGUAAGGUUGUUUGGUUAGAAAACCCGGUAAUGCUUUCUAGAGGCCACGAAGAGCAUGGGUCAGCUCCUCCGUGGGAUCACAUUCUGUCGAAACCAUUUCAUGGAUCACGUUUGUAUCGAGUUUUAGGACUAUUGCCUGAAUUUGGAGGUAUGUUUCAAUGCAAUUCACACAGAUUCAGAAUUGAAACAGAUCCAAAAGUGGAAAAUACUAGGAAUGAGAUUGGAGAGCACUCUCUGAAACAGAUUGUGAUAGAGAAAGAUGGUGAGAAAAGAAGUGAGAGGCCUUUGAAUGGGAAGAAAGUUUUGGUGGUUGAUAAUUUGAAGCUAUUGAGAAUGGUGGUUGCUGCUGAAAUUCGAAAACUCGGAGCGAAUGUUGAUGUUUGUGAGAAUGGGAAAGAGGCUUUUGAUAGAGUUUGCAAAGUUCUUGGUGAUCAAAGGAGGGAAGAAGGAGAUUCUCAGGCUCUUCCCUACGAUUACAUUUUCAUGGAUUGCGAGAUGCCAAUAAUGAAUGGAUAUGAAGCAACAAAGCUUAUUAGGAAGGAAGAGAAACACUAUGGAAUCCACAUUCCAAUCAUAGCAUUGACAGCCCAUUCAAUGGAUGAAGAAGCAAGCAACACAAUCAUCCAUGCUGGGAUGGACUUCCAUUUAACAAAGCCAUUACAAGUAGACAAGUUGUUGGAUGUCAUUCAAUCUAUUGACAAAUAUGUACAAGAUUGAGAAAUUUCUCAAAACUUUGUUGUUUCAUGGAGAAACUACUUGGUACAAUUCAAUUUUGAACAUUUCACAUUGUUGUCACUCUGAAAUUAUUUUCAUAUCAUCGCAUCUUUUUGUCCUUGAUUUGAUUUUGUAUUUCAUAUUUCUCUAUAAACUUGAAUCUCAAACCUCUUUGUGAAAAUCUA